AUCCGACCUUUCGCUGCAGAAGAAGCCCAUCGUCCAUUGUACAAUUCGCAUCAUGAAGGCCGCAACAAUCUUCGCGCUUGCUGCUAUUGCCACGUUGGAGUGCCAGGCGUCCUCGUUCCGCGAACCUCGCAUGCUCCUAGCCGCGGACUGCAACAAAGACUGCACCCCCGAGAGCGGCCUCUCAUGGACGCUGUGCAAGCUUGGUCAAGCUGGCUCGUGCACCUGGCAAGGAGUUUCAAGCGCGGGUUCGUAUGUGUACCACGGUGCUGCACGAUUGGUCGGUGCUCAUUCGGAGCCCGAACAAUCAGCCGCUACGGUUGAAACACCCAGCAACACUACUGCUGCGCCCAAGGGUGCUGACGUUGCUGCUGCGCCUCCUUCGAGUGAAGACAAGGAGCACGACGAAGCUGCGCAUGACGACGGACAUCAUCAAGACGAAAAGGAGCCUGCCCAUGGAGACGACAAGGAGCCUGUCCACGAACACGAAAUGGAGCCUGCUCAGGACGAACACCAUGAAGGUGGCGACAAGCCUGCCGAAGACGACAACGACGGUCAAUAAUUUGACGGCCUGUGUUGUUGCCAUCCUGGUUCAAGUGUCGUGCAGUAUCGAGUAAUAAUUCUUGGAGUCCCAUCACCAGAACUUGUUGGAAUGUUUUGUAAGUUCAAGCGAUUUCCCCGGGUAAUUGUAAUGCGGGAAAUGCUGGAAAACGCCA